AUCCUCAUCAUCUUAUUAUACACCCCACUUCCUCUCUUGCAAUCUCUCUCUCUCUCUCUCUCUCUCUCUCUGACUUGCCAAUCUCUCUGUGGCGGCUCUUGUUUAAGAUUAGAUCGGCUUCUCCUCUCUCGCUUUCCAAAUCGAUCUGAUACCCAUACGAUCCGUGAAGGUUUCACCUCCAGAAUCGCCAUGGUAGUCGGCGCACAACCAAAGCCGCAACCGCAAUCACAACCCCAACCCCAACAGCUGCAGCAGCAGCAGCAGCAACCCCAACCAGAGGCUUCGGCUGAAGAGGAGGCCUUGAAGAGGAACACCGAUUGUGUCUACUUCCUCGCCUCGCCCGUCUCCUGCAAAAAGGGAAGUGAAUGUGAAUAUCGCCACAGUGAACAUGCUUUGUACAAUCCUAGGGAUUGCUGGUUCUGGUUGAAUGGGAAUUGCUUAAAUUUAAAAUGCUCGUUUCGGCAUCCACCUCUUGAUGGUUUGUUAGGGAGCCCAGCUGCAAGUUCAGCUGGACCUUCUUUGCCUCUAUCACAUACUGCGACAACGCCUGCAACCAAUGCUACUUUCAACUCAAGUAAACAAGCAGUCCCCUGUAUCUUCUUUCAAAGGGGAUUUUGUUCAAAAGCUGAUAAAUGCCCCUUCUCACAUGGACCAAAUCCUAUUACUAGUAGUAAAGUUCCACAGACCCCAGCAGCUACCCAUGGUACAGAACCUUCAAGUCUUAAGAAGAUUUUUGGUGGCAUUCAGAAGUGCACUCAAGAGAUGAAGAUUCCUCAGGUAAGUGCCUCAAAGAUUGUUGGAGUGCCUCCUCAAUCCAAACCUGCUCCAAAGGUUGAAACUGCACCACCAAGAAAUGGAGUUGGCAUUGAGAGGAAUGUACUAGUAACUAGAGACUUUGACGAUGAGGCUCUUAGAUACAAGGCAAGAAGUGUUUUGCCUGCUAUGAAUGGAGACUCUACAGGUCAGGCCAAUCAUUUUCUUCAGGCUCAUGUAUCAGAAAAUCAUGGUUUCCAAAAUGGCAAGGAUGUUGAUGAGCAUUUGAGGGAGUCUUCUCCUGGAUUUGAUGUUCUUGUAGAUGAUGAGCUUGGAGAUUCUGAUUACUACCAUGGUGAAGAACAAUUUGGAAUAAAAAGAGGUCAUGACGGAAGGAACUUGAAUUCUGUGAAUGAGUAUGAUUUGGACUGUCCUACUGAUUACAAUUCAAUUGCUGAUGGUGAUCGAGAAAGGUUUCGUGACCCACGAGGUUAUGACCCUUAUGAUCAGAUGCAAGGGAGAUAUGCUUGGGACCAGCACAGGGCUUCAUCUGAGAGACUUCUAGCGGGCUCUGCUCAUUCAGAGAGGAGGGGUUAUCGUAAAUCUGAUAGUCCAGAUCACAUUGGUGGGUCAGAUCUGCGACAUCGUUUGUCCAAACAUAGGAGGGGAAAUGGUCUGAGAUCCAUCAUCAGCAAUGACUACGAUGGACAUGUUGAGGAGCGAAAAAGCCGUCCUCGUAGGGAUUCACAGCAAUUGCCCUCACAUGAGGGCUCCCUCAGCAGUCGUCUUCGUGGUAGAAUAAAGCUUCCAGGUGGAUCUUCUCCAGUCAAUAGUAGUGACUUGCGCCAAGAGAGGGAAGCUGACAGAGGAAGGAGUCGUGACAGAAGUCGCGAUGGAUUGUCACCCAGAAGGCCUCAAAUUAUGUCCCACCAAGGAAGGCUUCGAGACAGAAUACAAGGAAGGGUCCAAGUGGACUAUAAUAAUGAGGUUAGAAAUUUUGGGGUUCCUCGUAUGAGGAGAGAGAUAGUGGAUGAAAGAAGCACAGAGUUUUCUCAUCCAAAACGUCUCUCAGAGCUGAAAGGUGGGGUAGAUGCAGAAAUUAGGGAGCAUUCUUACCUUGGAAAACCAAAUAAUGUGAAGAUGGAUAAUAAUCAGCAAUCUGAAGGUGAUCUCUCAUUUGAAGGGCCAAAGCCUCUUAGCGAGAUUCUGAAGAGGAAGAGAGAAGCUGAAGCAGCUGCAGCUUCUGGGAGCAGGAAAAGAUCUUCUGUUAAUAAACAACGCAACAAUGAGAAAGAAGGCCCGGUGAGAAAUCCAGGUGGCUCCGAGACAGGAGCUAUUACAAUGAUGCAUAACAGUCAGUCCCCUGUGGCCAAAGAAGAGACAAAGUCUGCAACCACUGAUGCAGUUGGAACUGAAAAUGAAAAAAUUGAUGUGGCUCCUGGCCAGUCUUCCGAAGGACAUAAUGAUGGUGAGCUGGAGACUGAAGAUGGUCUGAUAUAUGAUGAAGCACUUGAGGACCACGAGCUUGAGGGUGAAGAUCAGAGGGAAGGGGAAUAUGAUUAUGAACAAGGAGAGGAUGGUGAAUAUACUUAUGAAGAAGGUGAAAAUGCAGAUGGUGAAGAGGAAUACCUGGAGGAGGAAGACGGGGAUGACUUUGCUAAGAAGAUUGGUGUCAUGUUCUCUUGAUUGAGUUAAUGGAAAAUGGGUGGGAGAGCAGCAACAAAGAGAAGACUGACUGCUCUUUUACAGAACCUUUCAAACUCGUUUGGUUCUGAUCAACUAACGUGGCUGCUCUGGUUUCUUUACAGAAUUAGGGAUAGCAGGCCUUUUUUGUUAAUUGAAGCCUUUUCAUUGUAUUUACUCUGAUUUAAUGGGAAUUUUUCCUUGUGCUUGAGGCAUUUUGCCGUGCUUGUUUGUGUGCAUGGCUGCUGUAACAAUAGAUAUCAAUAAGAUCUCUAUUACUAUU